AUGGCUCGCAAAAACAACGAUUCUCAAUAUAUACCCACCAUAUUCCUUCAAAAAUUCACGAUUCCGGGAACGUCAAAUGUUUCUAGGACUAGUACUGCUCUACUGGAAAGUGAGAAAUCUAAUACAAAACUCCAGGCCAGUCCUAGAGUUCGGGUCCGAGUACCUUUGCAAUGGCUCGCAAAAACAACGAUUCUCAAUAUAUACCCACCCAUAUUCCUUCAAAACUUCACGAUUCCGGAAACGUCAAAUGUUUCCAGGACUAGUUCUGCUCUAUUGGAAAAUGAGAAAUCUAAUACAAAACUCCAGGCCAGUCCCAAAGGUCGGGUCCGAGUACCUUUGCAAUGGCUCGCAAAAACAACGAUUCUCAAUAUAUACCCACCCAUAUUCCUUCAAAACUUCACGAUUCCGGAAACGUCAAAUGUUUCCAGGACUAGUUCUGCUCUAUUGGAAAAUGAGAAAUCUAAUACAAAACUCCAGGCCAAUCCCAGAGGUCGGGUCCGAGUACCUUUGCAAUGGCUCGCAAAAACAACGAUUCUCAAUAUAUACCCACCCAUAUUCCUUCAAAAAUUCACGAUUCCGGAAACGUCAAAUGUUUCCAGGACUAGUACUGCUCUAUUGGAAAGUGAGAAAUCUAAUACAAAACUCCAGGCCAGUCUCAGAGGUUGGGUCCGAGUACCUUUGCAAUGGCUCGCAAAAACAACGAUUCUCAAUAUAUACCCACCCAUAUUCCUUCAAAACUUCACGAUUCCGGAAACGUCAAAUGUUUCCAGGACUAGUUCUGCUCUAUUGGAAAGUGAGAAAUCUAAUACAAAACUCCAGGCCAAUCCCAGAGGUCGGGUCCGAGUACCUUUGCAAUGGCUCGCAAAAACAACGAUUCUCAAAAUAUACCCACCCAUAUUCCUUCAAAAAUUCACAAUUCCGGAAACGUCAAAUGUUUCCAGGACUAGUUCUGCUCUAUUGGAAAAUGAGAAAUCUAAUACAAAACUCCAGGCCAAUCCCAGAGGUCGGGUCCGAGUACCUUUGCAAUGGCUCGCAAAAACAACGAUUCUCAAUAUAUACCCACCCAUAUUCCUUCAAAAAUUCACGAUUCCGGAAACGUCAAAUGUUUCCAGGACUAGUACUGCUCUAUUGGAAAGUGAGAAAUCUAAUACAAAACUCCAGGCCAGUCUCAGAGGUUGGAACUUCACGAUUCCGGAAACGUCAAAUGUUUCCAGGACUAGUACUGCUCUAUUGGAAAGUGAGAAAUCUAAUGCAAAACUCCAGGCCAGUCUCAGAGGUUGGGUCCGAGUACCUUUGCAAUGGCUCGCAAAAACAACGAUUCUCAAUAUAUACCCACCCAUAUUCCUUCAAAACUUCACGAUUCCGGAAACGUCAAAUGUUUCCAGGACUAGUUCUGCUCUAUUGGAAAGUGAGAAAUCUAAUACAAAACUCCAGGCCAGUCCUAGAGUUCGGGUCCGAGUACCUUUGCAAUGGCUCGCAAAAACAACGAUUCUCAAAAUAUACCCACCCAUAUUCCUUCAAAAAUUCACAAUUCCGGAAACGUCAAAUGUUUCCAGGACUAGUUCUGCUCUAUUGGAAAAUGAGAAAUCUAAUACAAAACUCCAGGCCAAUCCCAGAGGUCGGGUCCGAGUACCUUUGCAAUGGCUCGCAAAAACAACGAUUCUCAAUAUAUACCCACCCAUAUUCCUUCAAAAAUUCACGAUUCCGGAAACGUCAAAUGUUUCCAGGACUAGUACUGCUCUAUUGAAAAGUGAGAAAUCUAAUACAAAACUCCAGGCCAGUCCCAAAGGUCGGGUCCGAGUACCUUUGCAAUGGCUCGCAAAAACAACGAUUCUCAAUAUAUACCCACCCAUAUUCCUUCAAAACUUCACGAUUCCGGAAACGUCAAAUGUUUCCAGGACUAGUUCUGCUCUAUUGGAAAAUGAGAAAUCUAAUACAAAACUCCAGGCCAGUCCCAGAGGUUGGGUCCGAGUACCUUUGCAAUGGCUCGCAAAAACAACGAUUCUCAAUAUAUACCCACCCAUGUUCCUUCAAAAAUUCACAAUUCCGGAAACGUCAAAUGUUUCCAGUACUAGUACUGCUCUAUUGGAAAGUGAGAAAUCUAAUACAAAACUCCAGGCCAGUCUCAGAGGUUGGGUCCGAGUACCUUUGCAAUGGCUCGCAAAAACAACGAUUCUCAAUAUAUACCCACCCAUAUUCCUUCAAAACUUCACGAUUCCGGAAACGUCAAAUGUUUCCAGGACUAGUUCUGCUCUAUUGGAAAGUGAGAAAUCUAAUACAAAACUCCAGGCCAAUCCCAGAGGUCGGGUCCGAGUACCUUUGCAAUGGCUCGCAAAAACAACGAUUCUCAAUAUAUACCCACCAUAUUCCUUCAAAAAUUCACGAUUCCGGGAACGUCAAAUGUUUCUAGGACUAGUACUGCUCUACUGGAAAGUGAGAAAUCUAAUACAAAACUCCAGGCCAGUCCUAGAGUUCGGGACUAGUACUGCUCUACUGGAAAGUGAGAAAUCUAAUACAAAACUCCAGGCCAGUCCUAGAGUUCGGGUCCGAGUACCUUUGCAAUGGCUCGCAAAAACAACGAUUCUCAAUAUAUACCCACCCAUAUUCCUUCAAAACUUCACGAUUCCGGAAACGUCAAAUGUUUCCAGGACUAGUUCUGCUCUAUUGGAAAAUGAGAAAUCUAAUACAAAACUCCAGGCCAGUCCCAAAGGUCGGGUCCGAGUACCUUUGCAAUGGCUCGCAAAAACAACGAUUCUCAAUAUAUACCCACCCAUAUUCCUUCAAAACUUCACGAUUCCGGAAACGUCAAAUGUUUCCAGGACUAGUUCUGCUCUAUUGGAAAAUGAGAAAUCUAAUACAAAACUCCAGGCCAAUCCCAGAGGUCGGGUCCGAGUACCUUUGCAAUGGCUCGCAAAAACAACGAUUCUCAAUAUAUACCCACCCAUAUUCCUUCAAAAAUUCACGAUUCCGGAAACGUCAAAUGUUUCCAGGACUAGUACUGCUCUAUUGGAAAGUGAGAAAUCUAAUACAAAACUCCAGGCCAGUCUCAGAGGUUGGGUCCGAGUACCUUUGCAAUGGCUCGCAAAAACAACGAUUCUCAAUAUAUACCCACCCAUAUUCCUUCAAAACUUCACGAUUCCGGAAACGUCAAAUGUUUCCAGGACUAGUUCUGCUCUAUUGGAAAGUGAGAAAUCUAAUACAAAACUCCAGGCCAAUCCCAGAGGUCGGGUCCGAGUACCUUUGCAAUGGCUCGCAAAAACAACGAUUCUCAAAAUAUACCCACCCAUAUUCCUUCAAAAAUUCACAAUUCCGGAAACGUCAAAUGUUUCCAGGACUAGUUCUGCUCUAUUGGAAAAUGAGAAAUCUAAUACAAAACUCCAGGCCAAUCCCAGAGGUCGGGUCCGAGUACCUUUGCAAUGGCUCGCAAAAACAACGAUUCUCAAUAUAUACCCACCCAUAUUCCUUCAAAAAUUCACGAUUCCGGAAACGUCAAAUGUUUCCAGGACUAGUACUGCUCUAUUGGAAAGUGAGAAAUCUAAUACAAAACUCCAGGCCAGUCUCAGAGGUUGGAACUUCACGAUUCCGGAAACGUCAAAUGUUUCCAGGACUAGUACUGCUCUAUUGGAAAGUGAGAAAUCUAAUGCAAAACUCCAGGCCAGUCUCAGAGGUUGGGUCCGAGUACCUUUGCAAUGGCUCGCAAAAACAACGAUUCUCAAUAUAUACCCACCCAUAUUCCUUCAAAACUUCACGAUUCCGGAAACGUCAAAUGUUUCCAGGACUAGUUCUGCUCUAUUGGAAAAUGAGAAAUCUAAUACAAAACUCCAGGCCAAUCCCAGAGGUCGGGUCCGAGUACCUUUGCAAUGGCUCGCAAAAACAACGAUUCUCAAUAUAUACCCACCCAUAUUCCUUCAAAAAUUCACGAUUCCGGAAACGUCAAAUGUUUCCAGGACUAGUACUGCUCUAUUGGAAAGUGAGAAAUCUAAUACAAAACUCCAGGCCAGUCUCAGAGGUUGGGUCCGAGUACCUUUGCAAUGGCUCGCAAAAACAACGAUUCUCAAUAUAUACCCACCCAUAUUCCUUCAAAACUUCACGAUUCCGGAAACGUCAAAUGUUUCCAGGACUAGUUCUGCUCUAUUGGAAAGUGAGAAAUCUAAUACAAAACUCCAGGCCAAUCCCAGAGGUCGGGUCCGAGUACCUUUGCAAUGGCUCGCAAAAACAACGAUUCUCAAUAUAUACCCACCAUAUUCCUUCAAAAAUUCACGAUUCCGGGAACGUCAAAUGUUUCUAGGACUAGUACUGCUCUACUGGAAAGUGAGAAAUCUAAUACAAAACUCCAGGCCAGUCCUAGAGUUCGGGACUAGUUCUGCUCUAUUGGAAAAUGAGAAAUCUAAUACAAAACUCCAGGCCAGUCCCAAAGGUCGGGUCCGAGUACCUUUGCAAUGGCUCGCAAAAACAACGAUUCUCAAUAUAUACCCACCCAUAUUCCUUCAAAACUUCACGAUUCCGGAAACGUCAAAUGUUUCCAGGACUAGUUCUGCUCUAUUGGAAAAUGAGAAAUCUAAUACAAAACUCCAGGCCAAUCCCAGAGGUCGGGUCCGAGUACCUUUGCAAUGGCUCGCAAAAACAACGAUUCUCAAUAUAUACCCACCCAUAUUCCUUCAAAAAUUCACGAUUCCGGAAACGUCAAAUGUUUCCAGGACUAGUACUGCUCUAUUGGAAAGUGAGAAAUCUAAUACAAAACUCCAGGCCAGUCUCAGAGGUUGGGUCCGAGUACCUUUGCAAUGGCUCGCAAAAACAACGAUUCUCAAUAUAUACCCACCCAUAUUCCUUCAAAACUUCACGAUUCCGGAAACGUCAAAUGUUUCCAGGACUAGUUCUGCUCUAUUGGAAAGUGAGAAAUCUAAUACAAAACUCCAGGCCAAUCCCAGAGGUCGGGUCCGAGUACCUUUGCAAUGGCUCGCAAAAACAACGAUUCUCAAAAUAUACCCACCCAUAUUCCUUCAAAAAUUCACAAUUCCGGAAACGUCAAAUGUUUCCAGGACUAGUUCUGCUCUAUUGGAAAAUGAGAAAUCUAAUACAAAACUCCAGGCCAAUCCCAGAGGUCGGGUCCGAGUACCUUUGCAAUGGCUCGCAAAAACAACGAUUCUCAAUAUAUACCCACCCAUAUUCCUUCAAAAAUUCACGAUUCCGGAAACGUCAAAUGUUUCCAGGACUAGUACUGCUCUAUUGGAAAGUGAGAAAUCUAAUACAAAACUCCAGGCCAGUCCCAAAGGUCGGGUCCGAGUACCUUUGCAAUGGCUCGCAAAAACAACGAUUCUCAAUAUAUACCCACCCAUAUUCCUUCAAAACUUCACGAUUCCGGAAACGUCAAAUGUUUCCAGGACUAGUUCUGCUCUAUUGGAAAAUGAGAAAUCUAAUACAAAACUCCAGGCCAAUCCCAGAGGUCGGGUCCGAGUACCUUUGCAAUGGCUCGCAAAAACAACGAUUCUCAAUAUAUACCCACCCAUAUUCCUUCAAAAAUUCACGAUUCCGGAAACGUCAAAUGUUUCCAGGACUAGUACUGCUCUAUUGGAAAGUGAGAAAUCUAAUACAAAACUCCAGGCCAGUCUCAGAGGUUGGGUCCGAGUACCUUUGCAAUGGCUCGCAAAAACAACGAUUCUCAAUAUAUACCCACCCAUAUUCCUUCAAAACUUCACGAUUCCGGAAACGUCAAAUGUUUCCAGGACUAGUUCUGCUCUAUUGGAAAGUGAGAAAUCUAAUACAAAACUCCAGGCCAAUCCCAGAGGUCGGGUCCGAGUACCUUUGCAAUGGCUCGCAAAAACAACGAUUCUCAAAAUAUACCCACCCAUAUUCCUUCAAAAAUUCACAAUUCCGGAAACGUCAAAUGUUUCCAGGACUAGUUCUGCUCUAUUGGAAAAUGAGAAAUCUAAUACAAAACUCCAGGCCAAUCCCAGAGGUCGGGUCCGAGUACCUUUGCAAUGGCUCGCAAAAACAACGAUUCUCAAUAUAUACCCACCCAUAUUCCUUCAAAAAUUCACGAUUCCGGAAACGUCAAAUGUUUCCAGGACUAGUACUGCUCUAUUGGAAAGUGAGAAAUCUAAUACAAAACUCCAGGCCAGUCUCAGAGGUUGGAACUUCACGAUUCCGGAAACGUCAAAUGUUUCCAGGACUAGUACUGCUCUAUUGGAAAGUGAGAAAUCUAAUGCAAAACUCCAGGCCAGUCUCAGAGGUUGGGUCCGAGUACCUUUGCAAUGGCUCGCAAAAACAACGAUUCUCAAUAUAUACCCACCCAUAUUCCUUCAAAACUUCACGAUUCCGGAAACGUCAAAUGUUUCCAGGACUAGUUCUGCUCUAUUGGAAAGUGAGAAAUCUAAUACAAAACUCCAGGCCAAUCCCAGAGUUCGGGUCCGAGUACCUUUGCAAUGGCUCGCAAAAACAACGAUUCUCAAAAUAUACCCACCCAUAUUCCUUCAAAAAUUCACAAUUCCGGAAACGUCAAAUGUUUCCAGGACUAGUUCUGCUCUAUUGGAAAAUGAGAAAUCUAAUACAAAACUCCAGGCCAAUCCCAGAGGUCGGGUCCGAGUACCUUUGCAAUGGCUCGCAAAAACAACGAUUCUCAAUAUAUACCCACCCAUAUUCCUUCAAAACUUCACGAUUCCGGAAACGUCAAAUGUUUCCAGGACUAGUUCUGCUCUAUUGGAAAGUGAGAAAUCUAAUACAAAACUCCAGGCCAAUCCCAGAGGUCGGCUCCGAGUACCUUGGCAAUGGCUCGCAAAAACAACGAUUCUCAAUAUAUACCCACCCAUAUUCCUUCAAAAAUUCACGAUUCCGGAAACGUCAAAUGUUUCCAGGACUAGUACUGCUCUAUUGAAAAGUGAGAAAUCUAAUACAAAACUCCAGGCCAGUCUCAGAGGUUGGGUCCGAGUACCUUUGCAAUGGCUCGCAAAAACAACGAUUCUCAAUAUAUACCCACCCAUAUUCCUUCAGAACUUCACGAUUCCGGAAACGUCAAAUGUUUCCAGGACUAGUUCUGCUCUAUUGGAAAGUGAGAAAUCUAAUACAAAACUCCAGGCCAAUCCCAGAGGUCGGGUCCGAGUACUUUUGCAAUGGCUCGCAAAAACAACGAUUCUCAAUAUAUACCCACCAUAUUCCUUCAAAAAUUCACGAUUCCGGGAACGUCAAAUGUUUCUAGGACUAGUACUGCUCUACUGGAAAGUGAGAAAUCUAAUACAAAACUCCAGGCCAGUCCUAGAGUUCGGGUCCGAGUACCUUUGCAAUGGCUCGCAAAAACAACGAUUCUCAAUAUAUACCCACCCAUAUUCCUUCAAAACUUCACGAUUCCGGAAACGUCAAAUGUUUCCAGGACUAGUUCUGCUCUAUUGGAAAAUGAGAAAUCUAAUACAAAACUCCAGGCCAGUCCCAAAGGUCGGGUCCGAGAUACCCACCCAUAUUCCUUCAAAACUUCACGAUUCCGGAAACGUCAAAUGUUUCCAGGACUAG